CUACUCCUUUUCGCACUACUCCUGCUCUAGUACCAGUGCUUUCUGGCGUGCGCUGUUGCUACAAUGCUCGUGGGGCCAGUUCUGCCUUGUAGUCCCAUGACAGGGUCCUUUGAUGUUGCUCAAUGAUACUGCUGCAAAUAACAAAACCCUUUGAAACUAAGCAAUCACUUGGCGGCCAUGGGCAAGAAAGGGCUGGCUCUUGAAGAGGCCCCGGUCUUCUACCCAACAGAGGAGGAAUUCCAGAAUGCGCUGCGCUACAUCUCUUCUAUUAGAGAGCAGGCAGAGCCGUACGGCCUGUGCCGCAUCGUGCCGCCAGCGAACUGGCAGCCCCCCUUUGCUCUGCCCGAGGACUGGCGGUUCCAGACCAAGGUGCAGAAGGUGCACCACCUGCAGGAGCGCCAGGGGGGCUUUGACUCGCACACAUGGCGCAUGGAGUAUGAGCGGUUCCUGCGCAAGACAGGGCGCGUGCUGGGGCGCUGGCCGCUGUACGCGGGGGAGGAGCUGGACCUGUGCAAGCUGUACAACGCGGUCAAGCGCCACGGCUCCCUCGAGGGCGUCAGCGCCGACAGGAAGUGGCCCGCCAUCGCGCGCCUCAUGCGCAGUGAUGGGGCAGCCGAGCAGUCACCCAACGCGGGGGCAAUUCUGCGGCACCUGUACCAGAAGCACCUGCUGGCAUAUGAGGCCUGGGAGCGAGACCCCGCGCGCCAUGUCCACUCUGGGGGAGACAGUUCCACGGAUGAUGAGGGGCAGGACAUGAAGCAGGCACCGCGGGGGGGCAAGGGGCGGGGGCCUGCGCAGCUGGGCGCAUCCGAGAUGGAGGUGGCGGCUGCUUUCUUGGAGCUGGGAACUGCCAAGGUGGGGCGGGGGGGAGGAGGCGGGUCGGGAAGGGGGCUGGCAGCGGCUGUGGAGGUGGAGACGAGGCAGGACCAGCGGUGUCAAGCAUGCGAGGGGCCCGGGCAUGAGGAGAAGAUGAUACUGUGUGACCGCUGUGACUCUGGCUGGCACAUCCACUGUUUGAGUCCCCCUCUGCCGGCUGUGCCGCCAGGGAACUGGUACUGCCCGCGCUGCGUCACCUCCGAAGAUGCGUUUGGCUUUGAGGAAGGCACCGAGUUCACCCUGGAAGAGUUCCAGAAAUAUGCAAACCGAUUCAAGCGCAAGUGGUUUGGUGCGGAGCGCGUGAAGGGCGUACUGCUGGAGGAUAUUGAAGCUGAGUUCUGGCGCACAGUGGAGCAGUCCAAGCAGCCGGUGGAGGUCCUCUACGGCAGCGACCUCGACGCCUCCAUCUACGGGAGCGGCUUCCCGCGCAUGGGCCAUGCACGGGGCAAGGUGGCGGCAGUGGCGUGGGAGGCGUACGCCAGGUCGAGCUGGAACCUGAACAACAUGCCGCGGGAUGACGCCUCCGUGCUCAACCGCAUCGACGACCAGAUCCCCGGAGUCAUGGUGCCCUGGCUGUAUAUUGGGAUGAUGUUCUCCAGCUUCUGCUGGCACUACGAAGACCACUGCCUCUACUCCAUCAACUACUGCCACUGGGGGGAGCCCAAGAAGUGGUAUGGCGUCCCUGGGUCGUGUGCUUCCGAGUUUGAGGAGGUGAUGCAGCGCAGCUUCCCCGACAUGUUUGCGGCGCAGCCGGACCUCCUCUUCCAGCUGGUUACCAUGCUGAACCCGGCCGUCCUGCGCAAGCACGGCGUGCCCGUCUACACCACGCUCCAGAACCCUCGCGAGUUCGUCAUCACCUUCCCACGCUCCUACCAUGGCGGCUUCAACACUGGGUUCAACUGUGCGGAGGCAGUCAACUUCGCCCCUGCGGACUGGCUGCCGUGGGGUGGGGUGGGCGUGGAGCGGUACCGCGCGUACCACCGGCGGGCCAUCAUCUCCCACGACCACCUCCUGCGCGUGGUCGCCAAGGGCCUGCCUUCUUCCUCUGGCGGAGGCGAUGGGAAGGCUGCGUCGGAGGUGGCGGCGGCGCGGCGGUGGGUGUACAACGAGCUGCUGCGCGUGCUGGCCAGCGAGCGCGCACAACGGGAGGCCCUCUGGCUGGACGGCACCACCGCCUCCAUGCGCAUCCCGCCACACACCAAGGACGACAGGAUCGGCGAGGAAGAGGACCCGGAGUGCCUCAUCUGCAAGUACUACCUGCACCUGUCCGCUGUUGUGUGCACCUGCCGCCCCGGCAAGCUGGCCUGCCUCAAGCAUGCGCGCGAGCUGUGUGAGUGCCAGCAGGCCAGUGAGCGCAGCCUGCUGUACCGCUACUCGCUGGCCGACCUCGAGGACCUGCUCGCGCGGGUCGCCCCGCCCCCGUCCUCCCCCGACCUGGAGCGCCCGGAGACCGCCCCCCCCCAGCGACCUCCUGGCGCACGCGGGCCAGCAGCGGAGGGGGCCGUCGUGAAGCAGGAGGUGGGCACCAAGAGGGUGCAUGGCCGCAGUGCGAGCCAUGCGGAGCUGGCGUUCUCGUGGGCGGCCCAGACGCGCAGCACGCUACAGCAGCGGCCCAGCUUGGAGCAGGUGGCCACCCUGCUGCAGGAGGCCGACGAGUUCCUCUGGGGGGGCCACGAAGUGGACCCCGUGCGCGACGUGGUCGCCCGCUGCGUGGAGGUGCAGGAGUGGGCUGCGGAGCUGACGGCGGUGGCCGGCAGCGCUGCCCGGCGUGUGGCCCUCUCGCGCCUGCAGGAGGCGGCCCGCCGCAGCACCUCGGCGCCACAAGUGGCGGGGCAUGCCCACCUGGUGCGCGCACUCGAGGAGCGCCUGCGCCGCGCCACUGCCAUGGCCGCCAAGAUGGACACCGCCAUGCAGGCGGGCGCCGCUGCGCCGCUGGAAGCUAGGCAGGCCCAGGCGUUGCUGCGCGAGGCGGAGUCCGUCCCGGUGGUGCUCCCCCAGGCGGCGGCCAUGCGGCGCUUGCUGCAGGCGGCGCACGCUUGGGUGGACGAGAUGCGCCGCGUGCUGGGGCGCGGGUCCGUGUCGCGGCGGCGCGCCGCAGGGGAACUCCCCGACAGCGACUACCUGGGCAGCCUGCUCAAGCAGGGGCUGCGCCUCGCGGUGCGGCCCCCAGAAGUGGCCACCCUGGAGGCGCUCGUGGGCCGCGUGCGCCAGUGGGAGGCCACCGCGCGCCAGCUGCAUGCGCACACGGGGCCGCUCAAGGUACUGCAGACGUGCUUGCGUGAAGCGGAGCAGCUCCCCGCGCAUGUGCACGAGAUGGACAGCCUGGCGGGCCGCGUGCUGACUGCCGAGGAGUGGCAGCGCCGCGCGCGCAAGGGCCUCGCCCCCGAGGGCCCUCCCCUGGCCGACGAGGCCGUGGCUCCUGCGGAUCGAGCUGCGCGGCUGCGCCUCCUGCGGGGCCUGCUCACAGAGGGCAGCGGCCUCAACCUAGAAAUGGAGGAGCUGCCCCUGCUGGCUGCGGAGGUGCAGCGGCAGACGUGGCUGGAGGGGGCUUGCCGCGCCCUGGCGGAGCCCCCCACGUUGCAGCACCUCGCGCACAUCGUGCAAGAAGGGGACAGGCUGGGCGUGGGGGGCAGUGUGCUGGCGCGGCUGUCCGCCCUGGCGGGGCUGGCGGCGGAGUGGGAGGGGCAGGCGGCGGCGCUGCUGGCGCGGCGGGGCUCCGUGGACGAGCUUGCCGCGCUGCAGCGAGUCGCCGAGGGCAUCCCUGCGCGGCUGCCGUCGCUGAAGCAGGUCACCGCAGCGCAGGCUGCGGCGCGCGCCUGGGGGGAGCGAGCACACCCGUACCUGCGCAGCAAACAGAGCCGCCGGCACACCAAGGGGGCCGCCGGCAAGGCCGCCCUUCUGCAGGUGGCGGAGCUGGAGGCGCUGGUGGCGGAGGGCGCUGUGCUGGCGGUGUCCCUCAAGGAGGCGGACGUGCUGGCGGCGCGCCUGGCGGAGGUGGCGGCCUGGCGCGAGAGGGCGGCCGCGCUGGUGGCAGCGGGGGCGGGCGCGGCGGAGGCGGCGGUGGCGGUGCUGGUGGCGGAUGGGGAGGCCAUGGGGCUGGACCUGAGCCCGCACAUGGAGCAGCUGCACGCGCGCGCGGCAGCCAUCGACUGGGAGCGCCGCGCCAAGCAGGCGCUGGCGGUGCGGCAGGAGCUGGCAGCGGUGGCGGCGCUGUUGCGCGAGGCGCGGCCGCUGGACGUGGAUGGCGGGCUGCUGGGCGCAGUGGAGACAGCGGUGGAGGCAGGCCAGGUGUGGGGCGCCAGCGUGGAGGCGCUGCUGCGAGGCGGCGCGCGGGACAAGGGCCGCCUGGAGGACCUGGAGGCGCUGGAGGCGGCGGGGCGCAGCCUGCCCGUGCUGCUGCCCGACCUGUACCGCCAGCUGGAGCACCUCCUUGCGCACCAAAGGCAGUGGGCCGCGGCGGUGCAGCGCGCGGUGGGGCCGGCGCGUCAGGGGGCCGUGACGCGGCAAGACCUCGAGCGGCUGCUGGCGGAGGGCGAGGCGAGCGUGGUGCGCAGCGAGGCUCUGGUGGAGCUGCGCGCCACGGUCGGCGCGGCGGCCGAGUGGGAGGGCCAGCUGCGCAGGGCGCUCGCCAAGAAGGGCGCCAGCACGGAUGUGGCCACGCUCCUCGACAAGGUGGCGUCGUCCCUGCAGGCGGGGCUGGCCCAGUUGCGGGGCAUCAGCGAGGGCGGGGGCCGCCUGUUCUGUGCGUGCCAGCAGGUGUUCCAGGAGGCGGGCAACAUGAUCGCCUGCGAUGCCUGCGACCAGUGGUACCACGUGCGGUGCUUGGGCCUGACCCAGGCGGCGGUGGCGGGGAUCAAGCGGUACACGUGCCCCUACUGCACCGCGCUGCACAGUGGCGCCCUCCCGCUCGAGCCGGACGCCCUGGCCAGGCUGCGCACCAGUCGGCAGCCCCCCCUGGCCACGCUGCUGGAGCUGCACCACGCCGCGGCCGCCCUCUCCUGCAGCCUGGAGAGCGCUGCUGUGCUGGGGUCCGUGGUGUCUCUGGCGCACGACUACACCGCCGUGGCGCAGGCCAUUCUCGACACCGCCCGCGCUGCCGACCCCGCCGCCGCCCCCGUCAAAGCGACGCCCCUGCUGCCGCUGCUCAAGUCCGUGGCGGUGUGCGAGGUGGCCCUGCCUGGCGUGCUCUUCGCGGUGCUGGCCGCCAUGCACGCCCUCACCUGGCGCGCCAAGGCCGCCAGGGCGCUCGACGGCGCCGCCCCCCCUGCGCCGCGUACCCUUGCGCGCAUCCUCAAAGAGGUGCCGCCCGGGGUGGCGGAUGAGGAGGGCAGCCUGCUGCGGCGCCUGCGCGAGACAGACGCGGCCGUUGCAGCCUGGCUGGAGCAAGCCAAAGAGGUGGCGAACGACGGGGGCGCUGCGCCGGUGGCGGAGGUGGAGGCGCUGAUUGUGGCCGGGCGGGCGCUGCCGGUGCUCCUCGACAAGGAGUGUCAGGAGCUGGCGGAGCGGUGCGUGCUCUACUGCGUGUGCCGCAAGCCGUACGACGAGGAGGUGGCCAUGAUCGCGUGCGACCGCUGUGACCUCUGGUUCCACUACGCCUGCGUCGGCCUGGCGGAGCCGCGCACGCCGCCCGGCAAGCGCGCGGGCGGCGAGGUGGAGGUGGACCUAGACUUUCUGUGCAGCGACUGCACCGAGGCGGUGGCGCGCAAGAGGGCCGCGGCCGCAGAGCGGCGGCGCCUACAGCAGGAAAGGAAGGCGGAGCGGGCACGCCGAGAGGAGCAAGCCGAGGCCGCGCAGGAGCAGGCCGAGCGGGAGGGGACGGGCGUGGCAGGGUGCCCCGCAGCAUACGACGCCGGGGAGGCGCCGGAGGCAGACAGCGCGCUCCCGGUGGUUCCGGCCGGCCUGAAGCGAAAGCGGACCGUGCCAACCCGCAAAGCAAAAGCGGUUCCCGUUGUGUCCCUGCUCGAGGACGACCCGAGCGAGGACGAGAGCGAGCGGGCGAGCGAGGGAGGCGACGGAGGGGAGGGCGCGGAGGGAGGGGAGGGCGGGGAUACAAUGGGGGACGCACGCAGGCCCGCCCGCAGGACGGCGGGAGUGAAUCACAAAUAUGCCAACGGGUACUACGUCCUCGGAUGACCACGCCCGCUCAGACAGGCUGCGUAACCGACCAGCAGAAGCAGGUACAUGGCGCGGUCAGGCUAGUGCACAAAUGGUGUACGCCGGUACGGCACAAAAGCUUUUCCCUUCCUUCUAGUCCUUUCGAAGCGCAGGUCCUGACAGCCACUCGGGCAGUUGUGGCACGCCGUGAUCACGAUGCACCGCGCUUCUCGGGCUCUCCGUAGUCAGGUUGAUGCGCGAGCCGUUCGUGAGCCGUGGUUAGGUUGAAGAUUUUGACACUGCGCAGUUGGAGACUUACUCCUUAGUCGCGUCGCACCAGCAGAGAGUAGUUAGAUAGAUCAACUCGACCAAAGCUAUAACGGGACACUGCGAACUUCUUUAGGGGGUUUGGCAUAGGCUGUUCAGCUGUAUAUUACAAGCCAACAAUCGAAACUUCUAUUCCAUUGUUGCACAACCUACUAAAACGUGGUUGCAUGUUCGGCUGCAGAGCGCAUGGUGAUAUGCGCUAGGCUUCGCAAACGUAUUCGCAAGG